AUGGCUCUCCGCGCGGCGUCGCCGCCCUGCGCCGCGGGCCGCUGCCUCCCCUCCUCCGCGACGCCCCGCGUCUGCGGCAGGCGCGCCUUCCGAUCCCUCGCCUCCGCCGCGCCCGCGCCGCAGCGGGCAUCCGCAGUUCGUACCAAAGCAAUAAACAGUGAUGGCGCCCCUGGAACGAGCGAUUCUCCACAGGUGGUGUGUUUUGGGGAAUUACUGAUCGACUUCGUCCCAACUGUCAGUGGCGUAUCAUUGGCAGAUGCACCUGCCUUCAAGAAGGCUCCAGGGGGUGCACCUGCCAACGUUGCAGUUGGAAUAGCUCGUCUUGGUGGGUCAUCAGCAUUCAUUGGGAAGGUUGGUGAUGAUGAAUUUGGAUACAUGCUAUCUGAUAUGCUGAAGGAGAAUAACGUGAACAAUCAAGGAUUGCUGUUCGAUACUCAUGCUAGAACAGCUUUGGCAUUUGUGACACUUCGAAGUGACGGUGAACGCGAAUUUAUGUUUUACCGCAAUCCAAGUGCAGACAUGCUGCUUGAAGAAAAAGAGCUUGACCUUGACCUUAUCAGGAAGGCAAAAAUCUUCCAUCAUGGAUCAAUAAGUCUGAUAACCGAGCCAUGUAAAACUGCACAUAUUGCAGCUUCAAAAGCUGCUAAAGAUGCUGGGGUUCUAAUUUCAUAUGAUCCGAAUUUGAGGCUCCCAUUGUGGUCAUCAGCUGAUGAUGCUAGAGAUGGUAUCCUGAGCAUAUGGGACACUGCUGAUCUUAUCAAGGUCAGUGCAGAGGAGAUUUCCUUUUUGACGAAUGGGGAGGAUCCAUAUGAUGAUUCUGUUGUUGAGAAACUUAUCCAUCCGAACACAAAGUUGCUUCUUGUCACUGAAGGUCCAGAUGGCUGUAGAUAUUAUUCUAAGGAGUUUAGUGGGAAAGUUGGUGGAUUAAAGGUAACUGCUGUUGACACCACUGGUGCUGGGGAUGCCUUUGUUGCUGGAAUAUUAUCUAAGCUAGCUGUGGAUUUUUCAAUCCUUCAGGAUGAAGCUCGGCUGAGAGAAGCCCUGAAGUUUGCAAACAUCUGUGGAGCUCUCACCGUGACAGAAAGAGGAGCGAUUCCCGCGAUGCCCACCCCGCAGCAAGUGGCUGACGCCCUGGCCAACGUUGUUGCUUAAGUAAGCCAGGCACGGGGCGCUCACCUUGUUUGUCGUGUAAAUUGGCGUGGCCUGUGGAGCACCAUGUUGCUAGAAUAGGUUUAAUCUCUGCCGUGCGAAUUGGUUUACACUGCUUGGGGCCUUGCUGGCCUGACACAGGUUACCGGCCAACCAAAUAAGAUGCAAGAUGCGAUUUGCGGU